AUGUGUAAACUGUUACAGAUCAUCGUGCUUCUUCUUUCUGUAACAAGAAAUGCACAUUCUAUUCCUAUUGAAGAGUUCUAUCCUUUCGGAGAAUCCAAUGGAGAUAGCGACUUCCCUAAGAACGAUGACGGCAGUUCACCAGCUGUGACUAUCAGCACAUUGUUCCCGUUCUUUAAUAAUCAACAUGGCAGUUUAUAUGUAAACACUAACGGCGUAAUCAGCUUUCUUGGUGUCGUAUCACAGUACACACCAGAUCCGUUUCCCUUAGACAAUUCACGACGUCUGAUAGCACCAUUUUGGGCGGAUGUGGACAUUAGAAAUGGUGGAACAGUUUGGUAUCGAGAGACAACAAAUACUUCCAUUCUGCGGAGGGCUACAGAAGAAGUGAGGUUGUUUUAUCCAAGCCAGUCCAGAUUCGUUGCAGCUUGGGUAUUUAUUGCCACAUGGGAUGAUGUCGCUUUCUAUGGAGCAACCACAGCUGCAGCUGCAAUGAAACGGAACUCUUUUCAAGCUGUUCUUAUUACCAAUGGAAGACAUUCGUUCACUAUAUUCAACUAUUACAAUAUAACGUGGACGACCGGCACAGCCAGUGGCGGCAAUCCUGAUGGACUUGGAGGAACACCAGCUCAGGUAGGAUUUAAUGCUGGUGAUGGUAUCAACUUUUACGCUGUCAAUGAAUCUAGAACAGACGCAAUUAUCAACCUACCACAACUCUCCAAUGUGCAAGUAGAUGGGAAAUUUGUGUUCCGAAUAGACACGGAAACAAUAGAACAGGGUGGCUGCAAUACUGGAGGAACGUUGACUAUAUCACCUCGUUACUCUAACAUGUUUGGAGGAGAAGAAAAAGUGCUGGCCGGCCCAUGCAUAAAGUCAGAGGACAGAGUGAGAGCUACGUUUGGGAUAGAAGGGUCGUCUGUAUCCUGUACUAUGAAUUCUAUGUACAGCGUAGCUUGUAUCACACCUACUUUUUACACUACUGGGGAUGUCGGUGUAACUCUGGAAGUGACGUCACCCAAUCAGCAAAGCGACGUAUACGGAGGGAUAAUUACUGUAUUGAAUCCGUUAAACACAAAGCCUCUAUUGCAAAGACUGAACCCAACAAACUGGAAACGAGGAGAAGAUGUAGUUUUGAAAUGGUCAACGGUGGACAUUCCUUUUGACUCUGAAGGGUCAACCGUGGAGAUCUACUCCGUGGAACCCGAUUUGGACCACAUUCCACGUAUUCAGUAUAAUUCUUCAGUUGUACAGUAUAUAGAAUCCUUCCAAACUGAGGUCACAUUUACCCUUGAAACUGAAGUUGACGUCAUUAUUCUCUGUUUAACACAAGCGUCACAAGCAAAUGAUCAAAAUUCAAAGCAGAGAAUUUGGUCGGACGCCAUUGUUGUAACUCCAAGAAAUAUCGACGAAUCUAAAACAUCUUGUAACCAAUGGAAGGCAAUGGAUGAUCAACUACCAAGUUUGUCAGAUAUAGAGACACAGGUUUGCCCGUGUCGUUUAGACCAGGCCGAGAUUGACAUACUUCGAUUCCACUCCGAUCCUAUGUGCCAGUUCCCGGAUAAUUCUCUCCGACCGGAAUCGAACUGCUUGUUCUAUCAACAGGCAAAGAAGUGCUUUAGACUGAACACUCCUGGACCACAAGGCACAGGGCAGAUAUGUUGCUAUGGCAACAACGGAAACCUCAUGAACGCGCUGACAUCCUCUGGCGGUGGAUCCUUACAGCGCUUCCAUUACUUUGGUGACACGGACGCCGCAGUACCGUAUUUGUCAAACGUUGUCUUUGAUAUGGCUCCCUACUACCAUUGUUGUGUGCAUCCUCAUCUUGCUCAGGCGGAUGUUUCAAGUGAAUGCUUCGAAUUUUAUCAUAGGCGAACGCCUGGAAACUGCAAUGCUUAUGUUCCGAACAUACCAGCACAAAACUUCGGCGAUCCCCACUUCGUGACUCCGGAUGGGCUAUCCUAUACAUUCAAUGGAGCGGGAGAAUAUAUAUUGUUUAGAACAACUACCAACACUUUUAUAGCUCAAGUCAGGAUGCAACCCCUUCAAAACAAUGGCGCCCAAGGAAGUGUGAUUACCGCAUUUGUUGCAAAAGCGAUGAAUUCGACAGGCCCUGUAGAAGUUAGACUCAACUCCAUCCGGGCAUUUGAUAUUCUGGUAAACGGAUUGCUACAGGAUGUCUCCGGUGUUAACUUCCUCCGCUAUAAAGGGAUAACCAUUUCAAUCCGCGAUAGUCCGUCAGCGACAGAUGACUAUAAGAAAGAAGUAAAUCUGGUGUUUCCCGAUCUGGAAAUUGCCUUUCAGACACUAGUCUAUGAUUCAUUUUUGACCUAUGUCGUUACAUUUGGCCCAGGCGUGAAACGAGGAGGUAUUGAGGGACUCCUUGGAAAUUUUAACCAGAAUCCUAAUGAUGACCUUGUUUCCAAAGAAGGCAAUGUUUUACAGGCCAAUUCAUCUACCGAAGACAUACACUCGAACAUGGGAGAGACAUGGCGAAUCACAGAAGAAGAAUCAUUAUUCACAUAUCCAGUAGGGGCGUCUUACUCUGCUAUCCAGGACAAGAAUUUCUUACCGGUGUUUGAUGUUCCGGUAUCUGCUGUUGAUGAAAAUUUGAGAGAUUUUUGCGGAAACGACACCUUCUGUUAUUAUGAUUACUACGUCACAAAUGACACCAAGCUGGCAAGAUCCACUCGUACAUCUACCAAGAUCCUUACUAGAAUUCAAGAAUUAUCUCGUCAAACUAUAAGUUGCGGGUUCCCACCUGCAGUGGAGAAUGGACAGUGGAGUAUUACUGGUACAGAUGUCGGGGAUUCAGGUAGACUUCUUUGCAACUCUGAUGCACAACUCGGAGGCUCUGGUAACAUAAUCUGUGAUAAAGAAGGGAACUGGACGGCUAGCCAGAGUACUUGUACACAGUCAGUUGUUACGAUUGACCCGAACACGGGACUGAACUUAUCUGACACCUGGAAGAUGGUUGUUAUAAUUGGUGUUGUAUCAGUCUUUGUCAUCGCUACCAUUACCAUAAUAUCCAUCGUUCUCAUCAGACGUUUCUGCUACAAGAAAGAAGAUGGUAUGGAAUGUCAGAACCGCGUGUAUAGACAUAAUCGUAACUAACGAAUACUGUAUCUGGAAUACGGUAUUAUGAAAAAGAACUAUUUUCCAUCUCUAAUAUUUUUUCUUUGUAUUGCUUUGACAAUUGCUUAAAGAGGAACCUGAAUGCUGAUAGGUUUGAUUUUCAAUGGAUUUGUGGUUGUAUAAAGAAAUAAGAUGCAGUGUGUCUAAUAAUUUGGGUGCAGAGCGUUGGAUUAACUUCCACAGGGUGAAAACCUUCUCUGAGGUAGGUCGGGGGAUGGUAGCGUAAUUCGUUAUUUUAUCGGGUGGGAAGCUAUAGCUGGGUGGAAUGUAAUUUUGUAUAGAGAUAGAUAAGUUAAUGUGUUCGGUGUAAGAUGGGGGUCUCUGUGUCGGUAUAGGCCUAUACCGUUUAUGAUAAUUCCUGUUAAUUAACGUUUGCUGUUAAAUAAAUUUUUACAUUUAAA